AUGACGUCAUGCUACUCUUACUUCUACUCGACGACGGGAGGACCGUUCGAAUACGAAGGAGGAGAGUCGAGGAAAGUGUCGUCGGUCAUGAGUCCCUCGGAGAUAGAUGAUGAUGAUGAUGCGACGGCGCCGCCGGAGAAAGACUGCCGGAUAUGUCAUUUAGGGGUGGAAACGAGCGGUGAAGGUGCGAUUGAGUUGGGGUGUUCGUGUAAGGACGACUUAGCUGUUGCUCAUAGACAAUGUGCUGAGACUUGGUUCAAGAUCAAAGGCGACAAAAUCUGCGAGAUAUGCCAAUCGGUGGCCCGAAACGUGAGCGGUGCGAACGAAAUGGUUAUGUUAACGGUGGACGAGAGAGAGUUAAGAAACGGCGAGGAAACGGUGGCAGUAAGCGGAGGAGCAACAGCGGCGGUAGAGAACAGGUGGCAACCACAGAGAAUGGUGAAUAUAGUGUUAGCUUGUAUGGUCUUUGGGUUCUUCAUAUCAUGGCUUUUCCAUUUCCACGUUUCAUCUUCCUCAUGA